AUGGACGAUGUGGAAAAUUCUACAGUUCUCAUUUUCGUCAGAAACUUCUUAUGCUGGGAUGAGGAAAACAUAAUUUCGGCCGUUGAGGUGACCUUGGAUAAAAAUGGCAAUGCCCAGUUUUUCUUGCCAACCGUGGAGUCGCAUAAUCAAAUUCGCAUAUCCGCUUUCAGGCAGACAGAGACGUCAAAAAGUUACCAAAAUUCUCUAUCACUCAUCUCUAAAGCUAUCAAAUGUAACUGUCUCGACGAUCUUCACACAUACGAAAGCUCUGUCUUAUUACAACCGUUGUUGUCGUCAGGCUAUGACAAGAUCCAAUUGUGGCCAUACUCGCCCCAACUGACAACCGAUAGUCUUGGGAACUUGCGAUUUGCCCUUCUUUCGAAUAACUUGACGGCGAAUCGCCAGCUCUUUCUGGAAGCCAUGACAAUCCACGGUAAACAUUUGUUUCGGAGACUGACCCAGGACGAGUCGGAGUCCAGAGAGGCCUGCAUCGAUCAAGACGGCGAACUCGGGCACUACAAGUGUACCGGAUUGUCGGGUCCAGGCCAACUCGGCGAGAUUAAGUGUCUUUCAGGUUGGCAGGGUCGAAACUGCCUGAAAGCGGUUUGCGAUAAUGGGUGCGGAGACUACGGAUUUUGCGUGUCGCCUGGACGCUGCAUUUGCCUAAAAGGCUGGAGCGGAAAAUUGUGCGCUACAUUCUCCCGCUAUCCGGGCUGCCAGAACUCUUCUGGACCGAGUGGUACCGACUGUGGUUGGUGGGGCCGUUGGAAGGUCGGUUGGGGCGGUAAAAGAGGAUUUAGGUUAAUGUCGAAAGAGUUGAACAGGACAAAUCCGAGUGUUGAUGCCUCCGUACAAGAAGAUGCUGAUGCAUCUGACAUACGAACCUGGUUUACCACCUCAGUUGAGGUUCAGUUGGAAGACGAUUGGCGCACCGAGUCGAGAGCCAGCAUCUACUACCUUGAGACAAAUCCGGCUGCAGCCACCCAGAAUGAAUAUGUUAUGGAUGUGUUCCACUUAAAGGGCGCAGACGACUAUCAGAACUCCGUGCGAAGCCAGAACAAAUCGACACUAGGUCUUCGCUUUUCUACAGACGCCUCUUCGCCGAGUCAACCGAUCCGUCUGCGUCUGGAACCGCCGGCCUCGGACAACAAUCCCGACACCAUCACAGACAAGACGGCCGCCAGUCCUACAGAAGGUCAAAAUGGCUCUAUACACUCGUAUUGCUUUGUUAGAAUAUCCGAUUCUGCCCUCAAGGGUAUGGAAGAUGAGAACAACAAAGUGUUCGAUUUGACCAUGUAUCUCGACCUGAUAAAAGAUUACGCCAAUUCGCCCUACACUUCUGUUCAUGUCAAUUAUGUCAGGGAUGCCUUUCGAUGGGUAGGACUUACUGCCAAGCCAAUGCAUAGUUACCCUUUAGUUCAGCAAACUAGACCCUGUCCAGUCUACGCUAUAUCGAGACAAGGUCCCCUUAAUUCUGCCAUAAUGAUGGAGAGAAACGUAAAUUUACUUGACAUCAAGAAACAGCCACGUCUUCGUACCUUUUUUCCCGAGGUCUGGCUCUUCGAUGCACAACCGAUGAAAACCUAUUCAGGACACGAAAUCUCGAAUAGAAGCUGGCAGGGCCUUGAGUACAAUCUGACAACUCCUGAUUCUCUCACUGCUUGGGUGGCUAGUGCCUACUGUCUGACGAGAACUCGGGGCUUAUGGAUUGCCAAUUCCAGUGAACUCUUAGUAACUUUGCCCUUUUCCCUCGACAUUCGCAUACCAAAAGAGGUGAAGCGUUAUGAGACUGUUCGUCUGCCAGUGAAUCUGGCAAUGCGGACAAUCAGGCCAGUGGGAUCGAAACAGGACAAGCUCUGUCUUGCCGUGAAAGUCAGCAUUCAAGAACAUCCAACCUUUAGGCUCGAGUCGUCGCCCAUCAGCAUCCAAUGCCUCUGCGAGGGAGAGACGAAAAUGCUCCACUUCAACGUGAAGCCGAUUAGGCUUGGAAAGAUGCCCGUCAUUGUCAGGGCAAUUGGUCAGAGCGACUCUAUCAUUUGCUCGAAAGGCUUCAAUCUGGCUGUUGACAAAUACUUUGUC